AACCUUUUCACCCUUCCACAUGAACCCCAUAUAACCCAAAUCAACUUCACUUUCAAAACACCCAUCAAUCCCUUACCAUUUUCUUGUUAAAAAUAUUUGUCACGAUGCCUAACAAAGGAGUCGGUGCGUUCGUUUGUCUUGUCAUCAUCAUGUUCGACAUCACUGCAGGCAUCCUCGGGAUUAGAGCCGAAGCAGCCCAAAACCAGGAGAAGCAUUUGAGGUUGUGGUUGUUUGAAUGCAAAGAACCAAGCCAAGAAGCCUUUAGGCUAGGGUUGGGUGCCAUUGUGCUAUUGAUUGCAGCCCAUGUGUUGGCUAAUUUGCUAAGUGGUUGCACCGUUUGUAACCAUGAUGACAUCCAAAAGGCUUCUCUUGGUAGACAAUUGUCAUUGCUAUCCCUCUUCUUUACAUGGGUAAUCUUAGCCGUUGGAUUGGGGAUGCUGGUGAUCGGGACAAAAGCAAACCACAAAUCCAAUGCAUCGUGUGGACUGUCGCACCAUCAUUUCCUUUCAAUCGGAGGGAUAUUGUGUUUCGUUCAUAGCCUCUUUUCUGUCGCUUAUUACGUAACUGCCACUGCUUCCAUCCACUAACUAAAAAGUCAAAACAUCGAUAUUUCUCCUUUUUGACUUUUUUUAAUCACAUCAUCAUAUCAUAACAUCAUGCUUUUUGCUUUUUUAGUUCGAAUUGACUAUUUUACCCUUGUCUAAUGUAUUGUUUUAUGUUGGUAAUGGUUUAGGGUAUUUUAGACUUUUAUCAUAUUAUUUGUUACACUUCUUUGGAUCAUCUAUUGUCCUACCAAGCAAAAGCAUUAAUGUUAA